AUGAAAAGUCUUCUAUCUCUUCUAUGUUCAUGUGAACGAACCAAUUUCAAACAGACUGAUAAAUUAAAUAAAAAUUCGAAUAAUGAAGAAGAUGAAUUGAAAACCAUUGAUUUUAUUGAAAGUAGACAACAAGAUUUUUCUCCAAAAAUAACUUGGAAACAUCUUUGGACAUUUAAUGAAGCAGAAAAUGCAUUAUUAAAAUCACCAUUUAUUAAUAUGCCUACUGAAAUGAUGUUGAAAAUCUUUGAAUUACUCUCAGUUCGUGAUCUAGAAAAUGUUUCAUUAGUUUGUCGAUAUUUUAAAAUGAUUGUUGAUCAUGAUAUUAUAUGGAAAACAAGAUGUAAUACAUAUAAACAAAUUUAUAUUGAUUGGAUGUUUGAAAAAUAUCUUCGAAAUCAAGAAUUAAAAAUACUUGAAAAACAAUAUCGAAAAAUGAAUAUAGGUUUUGGAUUGAAAUAUUCAUCUUCUCGGUAUUUUGUUCCAUCAAAAAACAAUGAAUCAUUUUCCCCUAUUUUUGGAUUUAAUCGACAUCCAAAUUCAUCAUCAGAUAUAUUUCAAUGUUUAAUUCCAAUUUAUUCUUAUUGGGAUAAAACAUAUUUUAAAUUUUCAUCAUAUCCUCUUAAUGACUAUGAAAAUCCAUUUUCAUUUACAGAAGCUGAUAUUAUACUUGAUGCAAAUUUUUUAUAA